AUGGACAUGAGCCUGGUAAGAGUGGCGAUCGGAAUCAUCACGCAAGACCAGCAGCUUCAUCACGUUUAUCUCCAGGUGAUAUCCAACGAAGAAUGUGCGGAAACAUUCAGCUUUCUUCCGGCUUCUAACAUCUGUACUUCUGGGUAUGGAGGCCGCUCUGUGUGCGGCGGAGAUUCUGGUGGUCCUUUGACAGUCGACCGACGACUGGUCGGUAUCGUGUCCUUCGGCUACGCCGUCGAGUGCGAACAAGGUUACCCUGAAGCCUAUGCCAGAGUGACCAGCUAUAGCUCCUGGAUCGCGGCCCAGUUUUGAAUCGGUCAACACCGGAGAAGUCCAAUUUGUAGUAAAUUAUUGAAUUAGAUUAUUAAAUAUACAGCAUUU